AUGGCUGGAUCCAACGGUGUAAGCAACGGGACAGGCGACCAGGCAUCGAAGAAAGUCUGGACGACCUUGAUCACAAACACCAAGUACUUGUCGGGACUGCUCACGCUCGAGUACUCCCUCAGAAAGCAGGGAAGCAAGUACCCCUUGGUUGCUUUAUAUACAGAUUCAUUCCCGCCAGAGGGUCAUGAAGCGCUGAAGCGCCGGGGAAUCAAAUCCAAGGAGAUACCAUACCUUUUGCCAUCGAUCCCCAAAGAGUACGCCAACGACCCACGUUUUUAUGACUGCUGGAGUAAGCUGGCGCCCUAUAGCUUGACCGAGUACGAUCGAGUGGUACAAUUGGAUAGCGACAUGCUCGUCCUUCGGAAUAUGGAUGAAUUGAUGGAAAUCGAGCUGGACCCGCCUGAGAUGGGCGGUAACGGGGACAAGGUGUACGCUGCCAGCCAUGCCUGUGCCUGUAAUCCAUUCAAGAAGCCUCAUUAUCCAAGCAACUGGAUACCGGAGAAUUGUGCUUUCACGUCGCAGCACGAUACGCCCGAUCUCGCACAGACACAAGGGCCUGGGCCAACAGCCGGUAUAGCAUGCCCUAAUGGCGGACUGCAGGUCGUCAACCCGAGCAAGGGUACAUACGACAAGAUCGUCGAGACGCUCAAGAACGGAGACUUGACGGCCAGUUACGAUUUCGCCGAUCAGAGUCUGCUGGGCGAGCGAUUCUACGGGAGGUGGAUAGGGCUCCCAUAUAUCUAUAAUGCUUUGAAGACUCUGCGAAUGAAAGGAGUCCACGACGCUAUUUGGCGGGAUGAUCAGGUCAAGAAUAUCCACUACAUCCUAAGCCCAAAGCCUUGGGACGAGACGAUGGAGUCGGUCUCGAAUGAGACCCACAAGUGGUGGCUGGACGUGAACAAUCAGCGCAGAGCAGAGGAGCUCAAAAGUGGUAUAGACGAUGGAUUCUAA